UUUCAAACUUGUGUCUCCUAUAUAAUUAUUUAUUAAUUAUUAAUCACACUAAUCCCAUUUUUUUCUGGGUCUUUAAUGUGACAAAACCUCCUAAAGUCUGGAGCUUUUACACUUGAAUCUUGAUAUUGUACUCCAUAAUCAAUGAUUUAAACCAACAUUACUACUAAUUUAUUAACUUGGGUAUAAAAUUAAAUCUCAAAACAUUAACAGCUGGUUCAAAUAAUUUGUUUGUGAUUUGGGUUUUCUUUGUAGUUUCACAUCUUUUUCCUUUUGUGGGUCCUUCCUCUUUCUGAAUAUGACAGGCUAAUCAACAGCCUGGAAAGGGCUGGUAUUCUGGUUAGCUAAAAUUUUUCUGGUAGUUGGUAUUUUUUCCCCUUGAUGCCAUUGAUUCCUUCUCAAUUGGGCACUUCAGCUAUCAUUCUUUCUCUCUUGUUAGUUAUACUCUCAAGUUUUAGCUUAUGGAAAAGAAGAGGUAAAGUUUUGAGCUUUGAAUGCAUUAGCUCUACUUAUAUUCUUUAGCAUAAUCAAAAUACAAUCCUUCUUGUUGUUGUUAACUUGUUUUAACCAUUUGGGUUGCUAUUAUUUUGUACAUUCUCUACUCUAAUCCAUGUUUUUUGGGACAUUGUCAUAAGAUAGAUCUGAAGGUGUUUGAGGAAAUGUCUGAGUCUAUUUAAGCUGUUCCCAACUUGGGUUUGUUCAAUUUGGCAUUACAAGGUUGAUUAUUUGAUUAUUAUUUUUUUGGGUUUUGGGUUUUGAAUUGUUUCUUUAAGCCAUUUUUGGGGUAUUUUUGAAUUUUGAUGCUUACAGAAAUGAAGAGUGUGAAAUGGGUUGCUCUUAUUCUUUUUGGGUUAUUCAUUGGUAGCUGUAAUGCUUCUUUUACUCCGCCUGAUUCUUACUUGUUAGCUUGUGGAUCUUCACAGAAUGUCACAUUUCAAGGUCACACUUACAUUCCUGAUUUAGAGCAUUCUUCUGUUAAACUUAGUAGUCAAGCCAAUUCUAUUGUUGCUACUUUGAAUUCUAGUGCCCCUUUUCCUAUCUAUCAGUCUGCCAGAAUUUUCACCCAUAGUGUGUCUUAUGAAUUUGAUAUCAAGCAAAAGGGUCAUCAUUGGAUUCGACUUUAUUUCUAUCCCAUCCCGAAUUCUGGACAUGACUUGAAGUCAGCAUCCCUUACUGUUGUUACUGAAAAUUUUGUCCUUCUAAACAACUUCACAUUUAGAAACUAUAAUGGUUCUUAUAUGUGGAGGGAGUUUGCCAUCAAUGUAGAUUCAGAUUCCUUAACUCUACAUUUUAUUCCUUCGAACAAUUCAGUCGCGUUUGUGAAUGGGAUUGAAGUUGUCUCCAUCCCAAAUGAAUUGAUUCCUACCCAAGCUUUGUCCUUACCAUCAACUUCUGUUAAUGGGAUAUCUGAGCUAGCAUUUGAGACCGUGUAUCGAUUGAAUAUGGGCGGUCCGUUGGUUACUGCUCAAAAUGAUACAUUAGGUAGAAUUUGGCUGAAUGAUAAGCAAUAUCUUCAUGUAAAUAGCUCUGCUGUAAAUGGUUCUGUGAGCCCUUCCAUUAUCAAAUAUCCAGCUACAGUUGCUCCUGAAAUAGCACCAAAUUGGGUGUAUGCCACUGCUGAGUAUAUGGGAGAUGCAAAUGUGGCAGAUAGUAAUUUCAAUAUAACAUGGGUUUUCAAUGUUGAUCCAGAUUUCACUUACUUUAUAAGGGUUCAUUUUUGUGAUAUAGUCAGUGAGUCCCUAAAUUCUCUCGUUUUCAAUCUGUUCAUCAAUUCGGAUGUUUGGCCAAGUGUAGACCUUUCAUCUUUAACUGGGGGUCUUGAUAUGCCUUACUAUAAAGACUUUGUAGCAAAUUCUUCCGAUUCAGGUGUCUUGACAGUAAGUAUAGGUCCGGAUCCUGUUGCUGAUAGCGAUAAUGCGAUAAUGAAUGGUUUGGAGAUCAUGAAGAUGAGCAAUGAAGCAAGAAGCUUAGAUGGAGUUUCUCCGGUUGAACAUCUUCUUCCUCCUCGAGCACCCAAAAAGAAUCAUACUGCUAUAAUCGUUGGUUCUGUUAUAGGUGCUGGGGCGGCAGCAGUGAUGAUAAUUCUGGUAUAUUGCUGCUUUGUAUCUCAAAAAUCGGCGACUCCUCAACAGGGGAAUUCAUGGUUACCAUUGCCUUUGUAUGGAAACUCCCUCUCAUUGACAAAAAUGUCUACUACUUCUCAAAAGAGUAAUACUGCUAGUUGCAUUUCGUUGACUUCCACCAAUCUCGGUCGAUUCUUUACUUUCCAGGAAAUCAUGGAUGCCACUAAUAAUUUUGAUGAGAGCUUGCUCCUUGGAGUUGGUGGUUUUGGAAGAGUUUACAAAGGAACACUUGAAGACGGAACAAAAGUUGCUGUCAAAAGAGGAAAUCCGAGAUCUGAACAAGGCAUUGCUGAAUUCAGAACUGAAAUCGAGAUGUUGUCCAAGCUAAGGCAUCGUCAUCUUGUCUCUCUGAUUGGGUACUGUGAUGAGCGGUCUGAGAUGAUCUUGGUCUAUGAAUACAUGGCCAAUGGACCUCUCAGAAGCCAUCUUUAUGGCACGGAUCUUCCAUCGCUCUCUUGGAAACAACGGCUUGAAAUAUGCAUUGGGGCUGCAAGGGGACUUCAUUAUCUUCACACUGGUGCAACUCAGAGCAUUAUACACCGAGAUGUUAAAACAACAAAUAUCCUCUUGGAUGAGAAUUUUGUCGCUAAGGUAGCUGAUUUUGGCCUCUCCAAAACAGGUCCUUCUCUUGAUCAAACCCAUGUUAGCACUGCUGUUAAGGGAAGUUUUGGAUAUCUCGAUCCCGAGUAUUUUAGACGACAACAAUUGACUGAAAAGUCGGAUGUAUAUUCAUUUGGUGUGGUUUUGAUGGAAGUUCUCUGUACUAGACCUGCUUUAAACCCUGUGCUCCCAAGGGAGCAAGUGAAUAUAGCAGAAUGGGCAAUGAACUGGCAAAAGAAGGGUAUGCUUGAUCAAAUUAUGGAUUCAAAUCUCGUGGGUAAAGUCAAUCCGGUUUCUCUGAAAAAGUUCGGAGAGACUGCAGAGAAGUGCUUAGCAGAGCAUGGAGCCGAUAGGCCAUCAAUGGGAGAUGUCUUAUGGAAUCUUGAAUAUGCUCUUCAGCUAGAGGAGAUGUCAUCUGCCCUCGCUGAACCUGAAGAUAACAGCACAAAUCAUAUUCAAGGUUUACCAUUGACCUCGCUCGAGCAAUUUGAUAAUAGUGUUAGCAUGAUAAAUGGAGCACACUUAGGUACUGAUGAUGAUGCGGAGGAUGCUACUACAAGUGCCGUCUUUUCUCAGUUAGUAAAUCCCCGUGGAAGGUGAGAGCAAUGGUUUUUAUUCGAUGCUCCAAGACAUCGGGAAUCUGGAUUAUACUAUAAGGUUAAGUUAAAUUCGAUUGUUAUUCGUUGGCUUCAUCGUUUACCUUUUCUGAUAUGUAAUAUAUAGUGAAUGAAACAAAGUGAUGAAGCCAUCCCACAGUCCCCAAGAUCGUUAUAGGAAGCCUGUUGUUUUGUCGUUGUUCUUAUUAAUUUGGGUUUUGCUUCCCUUUUCUAUUACACUUCUCAUGGAUAUGAUAUAUGUAAGGAUUCACCCAACAUUUAUCUACAGUGCAGAAAAUAAAGCACAGAUUCUGCAAUAA